AAACAAUGUGAGAGUCAACGGACCUGCGCAGCUUUUUAUCCAGUAGGUUCUUUUCUUCCGUGUCCUCCGAAGGACGAGGACCAGAACCGAAGGAGCAGGUCGGUAAAUAGGUCCGCGCGCGCCCUGGUGCCGCCUUGGCGCCUUUCCAGUUCAUCUCCGUUAAAACAGGACGCGGAAGACACGCGUAGCGCACGUCGGCGCUGAUCUUCUCGGCCCAGCUCGAGUUGACAAACUCACAGAAGGCGACGCGGACACCGGAGAGGGGAGAAGCGGAGGGGGCGGGCUAGACGAGGCGCGCGAAGAGCUUCCCUAGCCGGCGGGAUCCAGUCCCGCUCACCCGAUCUGACUUUCCCAGAGCUACACAGCUUCACUCUAACUAGAGCACCAGAGAUCCGAUCUCAACGAAUGAGGAUAGUGACGGCCUCAUCAUGGAAAUUUGACCGAGAAAGAAAGGGACAGGCGGAGAUAAUGGGGAUAGGUUGCCCUUCCGGUCCGUAAAGGGCCAACCAAAUGUCAUACCAAAUCAGGCUGCCGUGCCUUGCCAUAUGAAUUCGCCUUCGCACAAUCCCUUCUGUUUUGCCUCACCUUAAACUGUUGAUGAUAGGUGGACAACGGUCCUCGAACGUGAUUGCAUCAUUGCCGCAGGUCGAGGUUAAGCUGAUGGCUGAUGACAGUAUUCAGCAAGCAUUGAUAGAGGAUCCUCCUAAUGUGCUGAAAAGGAAGCCGUCAGAAGGAGCUAAACGGUUUCGGCGAUGCAGGUCAACUCCCUCAGAUCCCACCGAUCAGAAACCUGCAGAAAACAGAUCUGUGCUUAAAGCCAAGGAAUUAUUCAAGGAGAUAAGGCCUAGCUUCAGGCUUGUAGGCCUCCUCCUUUUUGUCUACCUGCUAGUGGGUGUCAUCAUCUUUUAUCUAUUUAUGGAUCAGUUAUCUGGGAAGACAACUAAUAGAGUGCUUGACGCCUUGUACUUCGUUAUUGUCACAAUGACCUCAGUUGGCUAUGGGGAUCUUUUCCCAAACAGUGACACAACAAAGCUGCUUGCUUGCGCUUUCGUCUUCACAGGAAUGGCGGUCAUUGCUCUCUUCAUCAGCAAAGCGGCAGAUUACCUUGUUGAGAAACAGGAGGUGUUGUUCUUCAAAGCACUGCACAUGAAUAUGAAGGGCAGUGAGGCCAAAAUGCUCAGGGCAAUGGAAACAAAUAAGAUAAAGUACAAAUUCUACACUGUCGCUCUGCUUCUGGCUAUGGUUAUUGUUGCUGGGACUGUAUUUCUGUGGAAGGUUGAGAAGCUGAGCCUUGUUGAUUCCUUUUACUGUGUCUGUGCCACGAUCACUACCCUGGGUUAUGGGGAUAAAAGCUUCUCGUCCAAAUUGGGCCGCGUUUUUGCAGUAUUUUGGAUAACCACGAGCACUGUCAUCAUGGCUCAAUUCUUCCUGUACCUUGCUGAGCUCUACACCGAACGACGGCAGAAAAUGCUGGCCAAAUGGGUGCUCACCAGGAGGAUAACAACCAUGGAUCUCGAGGCAGCUGAUCUAGAUGGCAACCGACAAGUUGUUGCUGCUGAAUUUGUACUUUACAAGCUAAAAGAGCUGGGCAAGAUCAGCCAAGAGGAGAUAACUUGUUUUCUAGAGGAGUUCAACCAGCUUGAUGUUGACCAGUCUGGCACACUCUCGACUUACGACCUUAAUCUGGCACAAACCAGCCAUUGACUGAUGGUGCAUAUGUGAUUUGGCUGAUUGAAUGGUUUUGGUUGAUGUUGUAGCAUUUCUGUUGUCCAUAUGUAACUUUGUAAUCUUGUAAAAAUGCAAAUGAGACGAUUGAGAAAUUGUAUCCCACUCUUUCUCCAAAACAACUUGAAUUUAGGCUGUAAGGAGCAAACACUUGCUGGAAGUUUAUCCGAGCUUCCACACAGAGCCUGCACAUUUAUGAAGUUGGUUUAGCUCUGCCCCUCUCA